ACGGGCACUCAAUUUUCUACUGGGAGAUGACGCAACCGAUAGAGAGGGAGGGAGAGAGAGCGCUAGCGGGAGACGAGCAGAGCAGCUGCAGCGUUCACUUGUCGUCGGAUUUUCACCGCAUUGCGAAUUGAACAGAGGAAAAACAAAUACAAAACGAUAUCUUAAAAUAAUAAUAAUUAAAAAAAUCUCCAGGCGAGCGGCGCCACGCCUCAACACCCCCUCGCUCCCCCCAACAACAGCACCAUCCCUCCAAAAUUCCAAAUUAAGCCAAAAUACCAGGAAUAAAAGCUCUCCAUUUGUCCAAAGAUGGUCGACCGCGAGCAGCUGGUGCAGAAAGCCAGGCUGGCCGAGCAGGCUGAGAGGUAUGACGACAUGGCGGCCGCCAUGAAAUCGGUAACGGAGCUGAACGAGGCUCUGUCCAACGAAGAGCGCAACCUGUUAUCGGUGGCCUACAAAAACGUGGUGGGUGCCCGUCGCUCGUCCUGGCGCGUCAUCUCCAGCAUCGAGCAAAAGACGUCGGCCGACGGCAACGAAAAAAAGAUCGAGAUGGUGCGCGCCUACCGGGAAAAAAUCGAGAAGGAGCUGGAGGCCGUGUGCCAGGAUGUACUCAACCUUCUGGACAACUUCCUGAUCAAGAAUUGCGGCGACACGCAGCACGAGAGCAAAGUGUUCUACCUGAAGAUGAAGGGCGACUACUACCGCUACCUGGCCGAGGUGGCCACUGGAGAGAAGCGCGCCGCCGUGGUGGAGUCGUCGGAAAAGGCCUACAACGAAGCGCAUGAGAUCAGCAAGGAGCACAUGCAGCCCACCCAUCCCAUUCGGCUGGGCCUCGCUCUCAACUAUUCGGUCUUCUACUACGAGAUCCAGAACGCGCCGGAGCAGGCGUGUCAUCUGGCCAAGACGGCCUUCGACGACGCCAUCGCCGAGCUAGACACCCUCAACGAGGACUCGUACAAAGACUCCACGCUCAUCAUGCAGCUGCUGCGCGACAACUUGACUCUGUGGACGAGCGACCAGCAGGACGACGAGGGCGGGGAGGGCAACAACUAAAUGCCCCACGACAAGAAGGCGAAGACGCCGAAAAAGAAUCUUGGCAGGAGAAAAAAGGCCGGUGGACUUUGGCAGCCGCUUUUUGCCGGAUCCACUCGCGCAGCAGCCGUUGUUUAUUUUUCCAUGUGUUUCCAGAAAAGAACAGAGGUGAGCGUUAGUUGAAGUAGACCUUUUCACCAUGACGUACUUCCAGGUGGCAAAAGCUCAAGAGUUCACACAGUAAAUAAACUGUCCUUUGAGAAAUUUGAAGGACUGAAUGAUGAUUUUUAGCCUUGUGUUGAAAUGUCAGUGGAAAAGAUGUUAGAGAAGUAAGGUCACUUUUUUAGAAGACAGACAGGCAGCAGAUAUUUAAAUUCCAGUUGUUUGAUUAAAAAAUGCAUUUUUAAUGGAAAUUCCCACAUCAUUAAAAGACAUGCUAAUUAGUUUUACUUUUUGGUUCCUUGUUUGAAGGACACAGAACUACACACGUAGACAACAUUGUUGGUACUCCUCUGUUAAUAGAAGUAAAACCCUCACUAGUUACUGAAAUGACUGACACAAAAAAUAAUGCAGGGAUCCCAUUUUUCACGGUUAAUGGGGGACACCACCGCCCCCGCGAAAAUCGAAAAUCUGCGAAGUACAGGCGGAGCUUAUUAUAUUUUUAAACAGCAUCGGAACGAGAUACUGUAGAUAUAAAAAUGAAAUCUUAUAUGUAUAUAUUUAUCCCUUGCUACUUUGCGCCCUCAGUCUAUCGCAGAUUUUUUUUUUUUUCAAUUAAAGUAAAAAAAUAAAUAAAUAAAUAAAUAAAUGCAGUAUUUUAUAGAGCUGUCCUGAUCCGAUCACGUAGCCUCUCGCUCCUGCCGUAUUUCUUGGCCAGGCAGUACACUGGAGUUGCUUAUUAAAAUUAACGAUGAUUGACAGACAUUAAGGUUUGAUCUUGCCGUGCUUGGAAGCCGAAACUUCAAAGCACUGCAUGCGUCAAUUAUCGUUUAACUUGUUAAACAGUUGCUGUGGCAACUCAUUGUUUGUAAGUGAGCAGCUAGAGCGGAUUUGAGUGGACUCACUCAAUGAAGCAUUUAAUAAAGACAAGCAUUCUUCAACUAUAUUCUUGUUUAGAAAUAAUUCAGUGGGACAGUAACAAAACUUAUCAUAAUUAUUACAUUUGAAGUGCUUAAAAAACAUUUAUUAAAAAAAUAUACUUAUAUAUACACAAGUUUUUUUUUAAAUUAUACUUUGGGGGAAAAAGUGAUGGGAUCACUGUAAUAUACUGUAUGUAUACAGUGGGGAGAACAAGUAUUUGAUACACUGCCAAUGGGAAAACCAUUGGCAGUGUAUCAAAUACUUGUUCUUCCCUGUAAUUAAAAAUAAAUAAAUACAUACAAAAAAUACUUGUUCUCCCCACUAUAUAUAUAUAUAUGUAUGUAUAUAUGUAUAUAUAUAUAUAUGUAUAUGUAUGUAUAUAUAUAUGUAUAUUAGAGGUGUGCAAAAUUUCCGAUUCUUAGAUUAUUCGCGAUUCGGCCGCGGAAGAUUCGAGAACGAUUCACAAACAUCCAAAUUCCGAUUAUUGAAAUAUGCCAAGUAAAGCAGAAGUACGACACACUCAGCGCGCCGCGCGGUCUUCGGUACGCAGUUAGGGACGGAGCGAGAGUAGCUAAACAUCAUGCUUCUCAUUACCCGGCCCCUCGGGUAACGCCAAUGCUCAACUCACGGCUCUAGCUCAACUCAUGCCACGAGAUAAAAAAAAAACAACAACAACAUACCUGACUGCUGCCGAAAAGCUGCUACAAGCCACAUUAUGUUACGGUAGAUAUCAUUUAUAUAGGACUAGAUGCAGUGUAGCUUCGGUAUCGUUACCAGCACAUCUACAAAAAACUAGAUGCGGGCGUUAGUAACGGCCGCCAUCUUAAAGCAGUACACUUCCCUGCAAGGCUGUUGUUGCGAACCUUCCAAGCGAACCUAAUUAACUUUUUAUCUAAAAUACUCCUAAAUCGGUAAAAUUUUGACUUGAAUCUAUCUUUAAAAUAGUUUUAAAACUUUUACAUGUUGAAAGUAAACAAAAGAGAAAUUAUGGAAUAACAGGAGCAAUUUUAACAACUUUAACGGUUGAUUCACAACAUUAAAUUAAUUGAAAGUAGUUUAAAGCUGCUGAUAUAGAAUGGGGACUGGAGUUUUUUUAUUUACUGUUAUUUUUGUAUAUUUGUUUACUGCUAUAUGUUAACUUGAUAUUGAAAUAGUAGUUUGGUUUAGCCUGAGAGGAUUUUUGAACAAUUUUGGAACUAAUGUACAAAACAAAUAAAAAAAAUAAAAAAAAAAAAGGAGUGGGGUGCAUCAAUAAUCGUUUUAUAAUCGAAUUGGAGCCUCUGAAUCGUAAUCGUAAUCGAAUCGUUAGGUGCCCAAAGAUUCCCAGCUCUAAUGUAUAUAUGUAUAUAUAUAUAUAUAUAUAUAUAUAUAUGUAUAAUAUUUAUACACAGGGUGUUCCAAAAUGGUUGACCCCAUUCUAAAUGCCCGUGUCUCGCAAACUACUUGCUGGAUCUUAAUGAGACUAAAUACACUUUAUGUUGAAGGUCAUAAGUUUAACCCUUUAACACCUAAGCCUAUUUUGGCCGAAUUUGCAUGCAUUUGAUGUUGCCUUUAUAUUUCAAAGAAAAAAAUGUUUACAAUGGCCAAAUUGGGUCCGUUUUUCAGGACACCUUAAACUUCAUCUCUAAACUGUUUGUUUUCUUCACUGACCAAUUAUAAUCCACAUUUUGGACCCAAAAAGACAAAAAAAUCCCAAAAUCUUUUUUCAAAAUUUUUAAUGUUGACGUCCCAUUGACAACCAAACAUGCUCGACCAACCGUUUUGAAGCUUGAUAAUAUUUAUACAACUUGUUAGGAUAAACAUUCAAUAGAAAAAAUAAUAAGAGUGAAUAGUUUUACGUUUGACAAUUCAAGACAAAGAGCAGGUAUGGUCAUAGGCGUUUUUGGCCUUUACACAUACUAUGGUCAAAACAGGUUAUAUAGUGUGCAAAAUAGUGAAAAAAAAAUUUAUAUAUAUCAUCUAACACAAAAAGGGUUUGGAAGAUAUCUCUUUGUGAAGUUAGGUGUUGUACCCAUCACCUUAUCAAAAGUAUAUACGUACAUGCAAUCAAGCUUCUCGAACACACAUCUACAUAAACAUUGAAAAGAAUAUAGUGAAGAAAAAAUAUACAUAACAUUAAAAAAAAAAGUAUUUUAAAAAAUAUUGACAAGUAGUUCAAUUCAAAUUUUUCAGUCAUGCGACCCAAUAAAGUUUUUUUUUUUUUUUUUUUUCGCACUCAGUAAAGCUUCUUCUUGAACAGGUCACGGAGCUGCGUCACACACAACGUCACACAGCCUACUCUUUCGCCGUUUGCGCUCUACUGUCACUUCUACUCGCCGAGACGCCGAUUCAUCAGAGGAAAACAACGACAAAUACGACUCAUCUUCUUCCUUGAGUUAAUGAAAUAAUGCAUUAGCUUGUGCUAAAUAUAGUUUUAGAUUCAUUCUGCACGUUUCAAAUUUGCUCGCUCAAACAAACCGGUGUUGUGCAUUUUUCGGCACAACACCGGCCGUUGCUUGCUUCGCAUGCCUCCCUUUCAAUAGUUGGCGCCUCGCUCAGAAAUUUAUUAAAAAUGAUCACAUUCAGUUCGUCCUUCCUGACAUCACAACGACACUUGGGAUAAGUAGUCUCUUGUGCUGCUUUCGGUUUUGAAAAAGGACAAGAAAUGAUGGAAAUAUGGAGAUGGAUACAUGGUCCGUGCAGCGUUUUAAUGCAUAUUUAUGAGAGCAAUAAAACUCUAAAACUCAAAUGACAUUAUCUCCCGUUUUUCUUGGCUGAUUGACUUCAAAUAAAAACGGGUGUGGACAUCAACUUCCGCACUUUCAAACCAGACCAACCAGCAGCACGUGGUUGAUGUAAUUACAGCGUGACGAAGCUUCAAAGACGAUAUGCGUAAACGCGUCGCUGCCGACACGUUCGGUGUUAAAGGGUUAAUUGGUUAAAUUUACAAAGAAAAGUACAAAUAUUUGUUGUUUCUAUGACAGAUUUUCAUAAAUGUUCAAUAUGAGUGCCGCUUGCAAAAUUCCUUAUCAAAAUGCCUUUUCUUUUGAAGUGAACGGCAUUUGUUAACCUAAAAAUAUAGAAAUGCCAAACGUUACACGAAAAAACUUGAAACGUUUCUACACAAGCUGUGAAAAUUUGAGGUCAUUCCAACAAAAAUUGUCAAAAUUAUUGUCCUACGGAAUGGGGACAAACAUUUUGGAACACCCUGUAUAUACUGUAUAUGCAUAUAUAUAUAUAUAUAUAUAUAUAUAUAUAUAUAUAUAUAUAUAUAUAUAUAUAUAUAUAUAUAUAUAUAUAUAUUAAGAAUUUCAUUUCAGGAAGUUGCAUUCAUUUUUACAAGUAUAGUUCAUCAGCUUUCAAUUUGUUAACAUAUGAAGUAAUAAAACUAACAAAACAAAAGACAAAUAUGCUUGAAAAGGAGUGUGGCGAAGAAAACUUUUAAAAAUCUCAUUUAUAAAGCAUCUAAAUGAAAUAUUUUCCUGUAAGUAGUGUAUGAAUGAGAUGUUUACUGAGCUAAACCUACCAAUUCUGUCCGAAAAUGAUGUCCCUGGUGCCGAAUUCACUGGUAAAGAUGUGUAAGAACAUACAAAUGUUCAGUUAAAGAGAUGGCUUAAGUGUCGAGGGCUGAAAAAAGCCGACCUGAUCCACACCUUUUUCCUUACGCCACUGACAAUGAUGUUCUCCUGUUUCAACAAGCUAUCCUUUACCACAGUUGCCCUGUCUUUCUUAUAUAUUAUAUCCUCUGGUUGUCUUACGUCUCUGAUUGUUCUUGGGGGGAAUUUACAUUGCUGUUGUUGUGUUGCGAUCGCAAAUGCUACUCAGUUAUAGCCAACAAACACUUUUUUUUUUCUCAUUAAUAACAAAUCUCAAGUCUAUAAUUUAUAUACACUUCCCCCUUACUAAAGUUGUUUUUUACAACAGAAAAGGUAACAGUGGCCGUCAGAUACCAUUUUCAUUUUUUUGCAGGUCAUUCAUGUCAGACAGAAGCAGCACGGCAAAAUGCCACGCUAAAAAAUAAAUAAAAAUAUCACAAUGGCUUACCUCUUCGUUCGCUGUAGUACCAUGGCCCCCAACAAAAUAUUUACUGCAUAUGAAAUGUGAAUGGCUUCACUUUGCUGGCAUUAAACUGGUCUUUUGGACUUCCGUGCAAGUUAAUCCAUUCUUCAUUUUUUCCUCCAAGUUUUUGGUUUAGGAAAACGUAUGAAGAAAACAUCCAUCAUAUGUCGAAAUGUCUAGAGUCGUUUCUACAAGUUCCAUAGCAGCAGUGUGUGAUCAGCAUGUUCUUCUUUGAAAGAUUACCGGAGAAAACAAGCAGAAAUAUAAUGGAUUGUAUGCGAGGGCGUGUGUAUAAUGUCCCAAUUUCGCGUUACGAUGGCGACGUCAUGGUUUAAAACUGGCAUUCGUGCGGUACACUAUUGAAAAAAAUCUGCGAUCGACUGAGGGCGCGAAAUUUGAAGCCCGAUAUAGCGAGGGAUCACUGUAAAUAUGUAUUGAAAAUUCAACAAAAAGUUGCCAUUAUGUUGUAUGAAAAUUCAAAAAGAAUUAUUAAAUACAAAGAAACUACAUUUAUGAUGUUCAUAGAGGCAAAAAAUGAAGCAUACCAAGAAAACACAGUAAAACAUGCCUGUAAUGUUCUUGAAUCUGCGUAAGUGAUUUCGGUGAAAAUCGUGGGUUUUCUUUAACAGAGGUGUACAAAUACAUUUCUUCGCAUGUAUAUUUACAACAUUAUUCAGACUUAUUCUUCUUAACCCAAUGGUUACGUUAUAUGAAUGUGGAGUGUUUUUUAAGGAUAUUGGCUAAAACUGAAAAUUUUGGGGAACAGUUGGCAUUUCAACCCCAAACACAAGUUUUGUCAUUUUCACUUCAGGCCAGAAGUCGUCCCCAGUUUUCUGGCACCUGGAAGUACUCUGACGCUUAUUAGUUACUAAUAUUAUGAAAAGGUCUACAACUAUAAAUAUAUUAUUAUAUUGAGAAAGAGAGAAAUAUAUAUCGGUCGAAAGGGCCUCCACGCCGUUGAUUUACUUUUGCGCCAAAACCACAACACCUGUCAGCCAAUCGGAGAUUGUCGUCAGUAACGGCAACGUCACACUCAGAACUGGUUCAUCCAGACACGCUGCUUACUUUUUAUGUACUUUUGUUAUCCUAUGUAUUAAUUGUGUAUUUACUACACUUCUUGGAUCUAGGAAGUAGUCAAAGCUGCAAAGUGGGCGGGUCAAUGUCAUUCAUAUCUGUCAUAACACUGCUUGAUUUCAGGAAGUAGAGUCAGCCCCCAAAACAAAUUGUUUCAGGCAGUAGAUCAAGCCCGUAAAGUGUGAGAUGAAUUUCCUUACAGUGAUUAUGAGUAUAAUAAAUUAAAGAAAAAAAAAAAAACCAUGGAUGAAUGUGGGGAGAACAACAACAACUCACAGCUAAACUGUGACUAAGCAACUGCAUUUUUGCAAGUCAACUUCAGGAAGUAGGCGGGGCCUUAAAACGAACUGUCAACCAAUUGUGUGGCUCUAAUUGGAUUUGAAAAAAAUAUUACAAAUACUGCUUUAAAAAUGCUUUAACUAGUAGUCGCUAAGUAACCCCCCCCCCCAGUUUUUUUUAGUAGUGAAUGAAAAAAAAAUGUAAGAACAAUGCAGCUUUGUUGUUUAUUUAAUGAAAUGCACUUGCGUACAACUACUACUAUUACUACUAGUAUUGCUACUACUAUACUGUUUCUUCAGUGUACAAUGACGAUGAUGACAAAGCAUAAUAUGCUAUAUGAUACUAUUCAAUAUUGUGCAUGCUGGUGAUGUAUUUAUAUACAGUAGCUUGACUUGAUUCACUUACUGUAUACUGUGGGUGUUAAGUAUUUAUAUGACUGAGAAAAAAAAUACAGCCUUCUGUCUAUUUAUUUGUUUUUUAAAAUGAUUAUUUUUCUCUACUUGUAAUUGUUCAACAACAACAACAAAAAAGAUCAAAGAUUUGUUCUGGGCGUUGCUUUCGUGGCAUACAAUAUGUGUAUUUAAUUUGUAAAAAAAAAUAAGGAAUGAAAAGAGUUACAAAAAAGACAAAAAUGGAUGCUAGAAUCUCACCAUUGUUCACUCAAUGUUGCCAGCUGAUCUUUGUCACAUGAAAAAAGAAAAUUAUGACACACAGCAGUAUUUAUUAUUAAUGGAUAAUUUUUGCGCUUUGAUGAACGUGUUUGGACCACAUUGGAUUGGAUUUUUUUUUGUUUUUAUACCUUUUAUCUCUUUCUCGCCGUUUUCCUGAGUGACAAAAAAUAUCUUGAAUGUGAGUCAAAAUGUAGCAGUUGCACAAGAAACAAAAUAUUAGCUAUGAUGAUCAUAAAGAUAAUAAAAAAAAUUGAUGGCUGAAUGAUCAAA